CUGCUGCCCAAGAAAAUGGAGAACAGAAAAACCGAUGAUAAAGGAGACCUCUGCAAAACUGGGACCGGGCUUGGAAACUAAAGGGUGAAACAAAACGUCAAACCUCAGAGGGACCAAGAGCAGAUACUUGUGGAAGAGCGUAGUGACAGGCCAAACAUAAUGAUGCUUCGUGCUGCCGCUUCCCCGGUCCCCAGCCGUGUGCGGCCUCUGCUGCCCUCUCGCAAAGGGCUUUUCUUCCGCGGGGGUGGGCGGGUCUGCCCCGCGGCUGCCAGCGUAAGUCAGCAGAUGGGGCGGGGGGCGGCCGGCCGGCCGGCCCGGAGGGGUCCCGGGGGCAGGUGCUGGCGGCGGUAAGCGCAGGAGGCAGGGCCGGCCCGGAAGUCAGCGGCGACCCCCACCCCCACCCUCCCGCCGCGGCGGGCCCGCAGGUGGCGGCGGAAGUGACGGCGGGCGCGGGGCGCCUGUCGCGGGGCGCCUGUCGCGGGGGAAGAUGGCGCCUGCGGCCGCGCUAGGCAGCGCAGAAGCCCCUGGCGCGUCCCUCCGCCGCCGCUGGCUUUAUGUUACACGGAGGCCCCCGUCUCUGCGGGUCCAGCGGGAGGAGCCGCGUUUCCAGCGCCGCUGCUGCCCCGAGGUGAUUCAUGGCAGGGGACGUGGAAGGGUUUAGCUCCUCCAUCCAUGACACCAGUGUCUCUGCUGGAUUCAGAGCACUGUAUGAGGAGGGAUUGCUUCUUGAUGUCACACUUGUCAUUGAAGACCACCAAUUUCAGGCCCAUAAAGCACUGCUUGCCACCCAGAGUGAUUACUUCAGGAUUAUGUUCACAGCUGACAUGCGAGAACGAGAUCAGGACAAAAUCCAUUUGAAAGGUCUGACAGCUACAGGCUUCAGUCAUGUCCUCCAAUUCAUGUACUAUGGAACUAUUGAACUGAGUAUGAACACUGUUCAUGAAAUCCUUCAGGCUGCCAUGUAUGUCCAGCUGAUAGAGGUGGUGAAAUUUUGCUGCUCUUUUCUCUUAGCUAAAAUCUGCUUAGAAAACUGUGCAGAAAUUAUGAGACUUUUGGAUGAUUUUGGUGUAAACAUCGAAGGAGUCAGGGAAAAACUGGACUCCUUUCUGCUAGAGAAUUUUGUGCCACUCAUGUCCAGACCUGACUUUCUUUCCUAUCUGAGCUUUGAAAAGCUCAUGUCUUACUUGGAUAACGAUCAUCUGAGCAGGUUUCCAGAGAUAGAGCUGUAUGAAGCUGUUCAGGCGUGGCUGCGCCAUGAUAGAAGACGCUGGAGGCAUACGGACACCAUCAUUCAGAACAUCAGGUUUUGUUUGAUGACACCAUCCAGUGUUUUUGAGAAGGUAAAAACAUCAGAGUUUUAUCGAUACUCCCGGCAGCUGCGACAUGAGGUUGACCAAGCCAUGAAUUACUUUCAUAGCGUUCACCAACAGCCUUUGAUGGAAAUGAAAUCGAACAAAAUUCGUUCUGCCAAACCCCAGACUGCAGUAUUUAGAGGAAUGAUAGGACACAGUAUGGUAAACAGUAAAAUUCUUCUCUUGCACAAACCGAGUGUCUGGUGGGAACUAGAGGGUCCUCAAGUACCUUUACGACCAGACUGUCUUGCCAUUGUGAAUAACUUUGUAUUCCUAUUAGGCGGGGAAGAACUGGGGCCAGAUGGUGAGUUUCAUGCUUCAUCCAAAGUGUUUAGAUAUGACCCAAGACAGAACUCGUGGUUACGAAUGGCAGACAUGUCUGUUCCACGAUCCGAGUUUGCUGUUGGAGUUAUUGGGAGGUAUGUUUAUGCAGUGGCUGGGAGAACCAGGGAUGAAACAUUUUACUCAACUGAACGGUAUGAUAUUACUGAAGAUAAGUGGGAAUUUGUGGAUCCUUAUCCAGUCAAUAAAUACGGACAUGAAGGGACCGUGCUUGGUAACAAGUUGUAUAUCACUGGUGGAAUUACAUCAUCCUCAACUUCUAAGCAAGUGUGUGUAUUUGAUCCCAGUAAAGAAGGGACAGUAGAGCAGCGCACAAGGAGAACUCAAGUGGUCACUAACUGUUGGGAGAACAAAUGCAAAAUGAAUUAUGCAAGAUGCUUUCACAAAAUGAUUUCUUACAAUGGUAAGCUUUAUGUCUUUGGUGGUGUCUGUGUGAUCUUGAGGGCCUCCUUUGAGUCUCAAGGAUGUCCUUCUACAGAGGUUUAUGACCCAGAUACUGAUCAGUGGACUAUAUUGGCUUCUAUGCCAAUUGGUAGGAGUGGUCAUGGCGUAGCUGUUCUGGACAAACAGAUAAUGGUUCUUGGAGGCCUUUGUUACAACGGUCACUACAGUGAUUCAAUCCUCACUUUUGAUCCAGAAGAAAACAAAUGGAAAGAAGAUGAAUACCCAAGGAUGCCCUGCAAGCUGGAUGGCUUACAAGUGUGCAGCUUGCACUUUCCUGAAUACGUAUUGGAGCAUGUUAGACGUUGCAGCUAAAACAGAAUGAGCAACCCAGUGAAAUGUAAAAAGCUAUCCCUAACUUGUCAGAAAAUCCAAACCAGUUGAAUUUCUUCAGACACAUUAACUUGUGUAUAAGAACAACUGCUAAAUGCUUAGAGAAACAGGAUGUACAGGGAAAGUACUUACCAAGUCUAUCACAAAAGCCAGUAGUUGGUCUGGUAUUGGAAAAACUGUUGUUGUUUUUUGUUUUUUUUUUUUUUUUUUUAACAAACAUAAUUGUAAGUAGGGGAAAGAAAAAUAUAUUUUUCAGUGUGCUUAUUUUUUGGUAGCAUUUUAUGUCCAUAGUACCUUUUUUUUUUAACUGGCCUUUACACCACUAUGCUUGUGAAAUCAAUUGAGUUUAACAAAAUAUCUGUGAAGGAAGAGAAGGACUUUAUUUUGAUGCUCAAUUAAAAAAAAAAAGAAAAUAGAACUCAUCAGCUGUAUUAGGGUACAACCAGACUUAAAAGAACAAAACUAAACUGUAUUUUAUGUUGUGUUUGGAUACUUUUCCCAUUAAUUGCUAAAUAUUCUUAAUUCUGCUAGGCAUUUUUGUUUUCCCUUAAAUACAUUUAAGAAUAAUCUUAACCCCUUUGCAUGACUUUUUUCCUGGUUUUGUAUAGUAGUACCAGUAAGUCUGCCAAAAUGCAAAUUAUACAUUUUCUACUAAAUUGAAAAUGAAACAAUUUUAUAUUCAAAACACUAUUUCUAUGCUGCCUUCUAUUGUCUGCAUUGUGUUUGUUGGUGGUAAAAUAUAUGCACACACAUGCAUACACUGUAAAAUCUAUAUAUAAAUGCAUCUUUUUAUGUGCAGUUAGGAUAUUAUAUUUUAACUAGUGCACAGAUUCAGCCAUAUCUGUUGAAUAUUAGGUAUAGUAUUAUCCUUUAAUGAGCUAAAUAAUUAAAAAAUUUCUUAAGUAACUGGAGGCCUCGUUUGGUAUCGAAGUAUCUCAUCUUUAGCAUAUACUGAUUGAUUCAGUAACUUUGAACUCUAUAUUGAUGCUACAUAAUGAACUGUUAAUAAUUUGUUAUUUUAUAUAUUAUUUUUAAAAAGUAAAUGCAUCUUACCUGAGUUUCUUUUACUUUUGAAUGUGUUGCCCUUUCUUUUUUUAUUUUUAUGAAAAUGGAUAAUGUCAAUAAGCAAAUGCUGAGCACUGCUUUGACCCACAGUUAUUUUUAGGACUGGAUAUACUAUAAUUUAUUCUCAGCAGAGACUUUGCUUGUACUUGUAUUGAACUGGUGUAAUCUAUUUUUUUAAAUUACCAACUGCUGUGAACUAAUGUGUUUUGAAAAUGUGGAGUUAAAUGGUUGGAUAGUUAGUACCAUUUAUGUUUCUUUUACAAAAAAACCCCUACACUAUUAAAAAACCUACUAUAGCUACUGAUCUCAGAGUCCCUGAAUUGAGAUGUGUCAUCCAAAAGGGCUUUAAUUAACUGCAUUGUGCUAACUUGCAGAUUUUCUUGACAGUAGAUUGGUAAGAAAUCUGCCAAGAUACAAAUAAUGAUAAAAGUAACUAUUCACAUUCUAAUUUUCUUUAAUGAUGUGAAAUUAGCCACUUCUAGAAUGUAAAGGAGAGAUGUGGGGGAGCUGAAGGUUCACAGGUAAUUUAGAUGUGUAGGGGCAAAAUGCUGAAAUAGGCACCUGCAUAUUUUGUAAAAUCUUAUGCUACUGUGUUUAAUCAAUAGACUUUAUAUGCAGCAAUGCAGAUCCAUUUUAUUCAGCAUCUUCUAGUCAAAAGUCACUGUAGGAAAGGAUUGUAUAGUACUCAGGGAGUUCAAAAGAAUGCACUUAUACCCAAAAUCAUCCCAAAUUUGCUAUAUUAAAAUUAUCUACUUGCCUAAACUAAAUUUGAAAUAAUCAAUAGAAGUUAAAACAAUGUGUUAAACUCCUGAUACUUGUAUUUAAUGGUAUCUUUGCAGUAAUUAUGUUUCAGAUUGAGACCUGAGGAUAUGGCAGAUGAGCAGAAUUCUUUUUUCAGUAGUAAAGAUUGAUUGAUAUUUUCUCUCUGAAAGUUUUAGCUGUAGUGAUAAGUUAUCUAUGCCAGUAGUGACUGGACCAAAUAUUGAUAUUCAGCCCUCUGAUGCAGACUAAGCCUUGCAGUUAAAUUUAAGUCUUUGUUUAUCAACAGUUUACUGAAUAAGAAAUUUAAUUUACUUUUUGAAUAACUUAACCUACAGUCUUCUUGGCUUACACUAAAACCUCAAUUUCACUAUGAGGCUUGUGUAUAUGUUAACCUGCAUAGGUGCAGAGAUUAACUGGCUUCAGUUGGUGCUGGCUAUGUGCAGGUGAAGAGAUUCUUACUGUACAUAUCUCAUGAAAAUUGGGGCACAAGGAAAAAAAAACUAUUUUUACUGUUCUUAUCCCUUUUGUGACUAAUCUAUUUCUUAAUAAGCUUAUGGGGCAGCAAAGACUAAUCCUACCUAAGUAGGCUUUCAUGGGCCCAUUAUGAAUAGGAGGGAGUACUUCACCAUUUUCAUCUAGUGCCAGUCUGGGAUAUGGUUCUGGAAAUCUGGUCUUCGAUGAUUCAGGUGUAAAGAGAGAUGACCAAUACUUUAUUAAAAAUAAUGGUAGGGACAGGGGGGUCUAAGUUAUGUUUCUGGCUCUAUUUAAGCACCUGCCAGUUGAGUCAUUGGUGAGUAUUGACACUUGGAAAAUGAAGAACGCAGGUCAUUUUUAAGUGCUCUGCUUUUAAGCUCAUGUUUAACUUCAUGCACCCAGUUCUGUAAGAUCUUAUUCUGGAUUGUAAUGGUAAUUAUUCUGUGAAAUUCUAACUUGAAUUGUUGGUUUCAGCUUCCCUGAGGUUGUGUCUCUGUUGAAAAGCUGGCUGUAACCUUCUGAGCGUUAGGAAUGAUUGGAAUUUGCUUGGGUUUAGAACGUGCGGGGAUAUGUGAGAAUGCUUUGUUAAUUUACGUUUCUACCAUGCUCUUAUUAUUUCAAUCGUUAGACAUGAAAUUAGCUUACAUUCUCUUUUCCAUUGCGGUGGAACUUUUGAGACACUUACUUUUGUUACAUCGUAUCUCAGAGGGAUAUUUGCUUUUUCAUUGAAAGGUUCUGUUUGCAUUUGCUUUUAGUGGCUAGCUCCAAACAAUUUAGUGUUUAAAUAAAAACAAAAUAAGGUUGGCAGAUAAGAACUCCCUAUUGCUAUCAAAUUUUAAACAUGGUGAUUAAAUUAAAAUUGGGUGAGUUUUAAAAACAUCCAAAUGUAUCUCAUUCAUCAGGAAAUAGGUAAGUCAUAAUCUGUGAUUAAUAAAUGUGAGGGAUUUUUUGUUUUCUUCUUUUGUUCCCACCCAUCCUUUAUGUGGUAUCAGAAAGUCUGAUCUUACAUACUUAUUUAAAACUUAACAUGUGACCUGCUUUUAAACAGUAGUACUUGCCUUUCCUUAAAAGGAUGGACAUAGUGAGUUACAGCUUGAGCUCUGUUUUUUUCCACAUUUAUAGUAAAAUUUAUGAGGUUCAUGUCUAAUUCUUGCAGCUAGUUCCAGGAGGGAAAUCUGUUUUCCUAUGAAUCAUAAUGGACAAAAAGUAUAGUGCUUCUGUAAAGAGCUCAAACACUGCUAGUUCCCGUUCAGCAUGCUACUGUUUCUGUUUUCAUGGGCCAGAUCAUUUUUUUUAAAAAGUUCUACAUAAAGAAAAAAUAGCCCUUUUUUUCCCCUACAGUCUUGGCAGUCAUUUCAUAGUGGGAGGUAUUAGGUGGCAAAGAAAAUCUGGUCCCAAUCGAUUUAGCUGAAGGAAGGUGGUACUUGAUUUUGCAAAGGAUCUACCAUUUCAGAAAGCAUUGCUAGCAAGAGGGGCUAGUGGCAGCAUAUCAGGGAGCUGGCAACCUGCUGUCAUCUUUUGAAAAAUCUGGAUGCCCUACUUUCUGCAGUGUGAUAGCAGUCCUGUUCUAACUAGUUCGAAGGUUUGGGGAGUUUAACAUUUCUCUGGCCUCUGAGAUUUGCAGCUAUUUUUUCUUAAGGAUUUCCUGCCUUAAAAAUACAAAUGCUGCCUUUUUCCUGCUGAUAUUAUAAUAUAUAUUUGCAUCAGGGAUGAAGCUUCACCUGACACUCAGGAAGCAAAGAAUGAAAUUCAGCAUGUACAAAUUAAAGUAGGUUUAAAAAGAAAAAAGAAACACAUUAUUUAACUCAUUAUGUCCUUUCUUUUGCAAAAUGUGGCUAAGCAUUAUAGGGAGAUGCUAAUGGCUCUUUUUAAAAAUAAAAAAACUUUAAACCGGUGUCUGUUUUAUAAAUGACAGAGUCUUUUUACAGGUGGAAAUAACCACAUUUGUGGAGAUAUUUUGCCUUUUAAUGAAAUAUUUUUUCCUUACAAAGUGGAAGUAAUGAACUGGGCCCCUGAUUCUCAUAGCACUUGAAGUAUGUACUUCACAUACGUGAACAGUCCAAUAAAGGACUGUAAAGGAAACAGAAAACUAUAAGGUACUUAGAAAAAAAAAAAGACCACAAAUGUUAUCAAACCUGUGCUUAAGUGUUUACAGGGCUGGGGCAUCAAAGAAAACAUCAGUUCCACUCUCCUUCAUUUAAUAAAACAUUGAAAUUACUUGAAUAAAUAUGUUCCAUUACAUGUGGCAGUGCUCAUUGACAGAGUGUGGGGAAGAACAUAACUGGAAAGCAUGUGUAAUUCAUUUAAAACAGAGCUUGCCAGUGUCCUGUAGCUAACAUUUUGAGGUUUUAAUGUUUGUAAAACAAUAUAAAGCUGCUUAAAAUAAAUACUAAUGACUACUUUUGCAUCUGUAUUCUUAGAGUUGGCAAGUAACUUAAAAUUUCCAUUUUUGUGGGUAAUCUUCAUGUGCAGGUGGCAGGAAAACUGACUUCUGAGCAUAGCUUUCCUGCAUUUCCAUUUACUAAGUUUUUCACUUCCCAAAUUUCAAUUUGUGCUUAUAUAGUCUUUUAAAAUAACUUUUAAGAAUCAAUUUCAAAUACCUUUGGAUUAAUAUUAAACUGGUACCUAGGGGAAAACCACUUUCUAGUUGCAGGUGAUAGUUUUUAUUUAUGGCUCUGGUAGAAAACAUUGCUGUGUAAUUCUAGAAAAUAGUGUUACAUAGGACUGCAAAGUUAGCUAUACGUAGGGGGCUUUUAUUACCUUGGAGAAACCCAUAUAUCUUUCAUGUCAGUUAUCGGAACAGGUGGAGGGAAGAGCGAGUUCUGUUUUUAUUUUAAAUACUUUCCCCCAGAUACUGUUAUUUUUGUAGAUCUUUUAAAAAUAUAUUAUUGUAUGCCGAAGAAUGCAAUUCCACUCCCACUGCUUUCCAGUGUACGAUAUCAGAUUGUGCUGAAAAGAAUGUAUUUGAUAAGUUAACAGGAAAAGUUGUUUUCAAACUCUGUUGUGUUUGUGUCUAGCAAUUGGAAAGACUUUUCCUAUUUAAAAUUAGAAAUAUAUAUAUAUAUAUGACCUCAUAUGUACAUUUUGGAUUAACACUCUAAUGACUACCCCAGGGCUGCUAUAAAAUUCUUCUAAUAAUUUAAGAAUUGCCUCUUUUUAAUUGUUUUUAAAAGCAUUUUUUUCUUGUUGUUUUUUGGCAGAAGGUAAUUUUCCCUUGCUAUGGAUACAGUAUGUUCAGACUUGCAUAUGUGCUCUGUUCUGUUUUUAAACUGAAAAAAAUGUAUAAAGUGUGUAUAAAGAGAAGUGUAAAUAAAAUAUUUUUAAUCUUUAAA